UAAGAAAGAAAUCGAAAAAAAACUCUGUUACCUUACUUAUGGGAUACUCUGUAUACUGAUAUUAGUUACAUGAUAAGAUUAUUUAACUAAAAUCGAAAUACCUAUAUAUGUAUUGUGGUAAAUUAAUUUACAUCUUCACCAGCACCCUCACUUUACAGAUGAACUGAAAGAAAAGUCGCAUCAAAUUUUUUCGACAUUUUUGUUUUAUUCAGAGGUAUUGAUGUCAUUUUGUUACAUUUUCAGCAAUCUCUACCUAUCUAAAUAUAAUUCUUUUCACUGGACUUAACAAGAAAAUAUUUAAAAAAAAACGGCAUAGUCAUUUUUAAUGACAAAAUUUAAAUCUUCAAAAGGCGAGAUACAAAUAAAAAAAAAGAAUAUCAUCAUGUUUUUCUAAUAAUAUAUAUCAACUCUGCAUGAUGUUGGUCUUGCUUAUUCUAUUUUUUCAAAAUAUUGCUUUAUCAUCAUCAGCCACAUAUUAUACUAUCCAACCAUGUUCAGGGUAUUCAGAGUAUAAAAAUUUACAUCCGUAAAUUAUUUUUGAUAUUUCUCUCUUUUAUAUCUAAUAGGUCUCCAUAUUAUGCAGGUAUCAACACCUAUGAUCCUCAAUCAUCAGCAUUUGGGUUCUAUGGAAAUUUUUCAUUUCAUGUUGUCCCAGAUAAUACAACAGACUAUUUUUGUUUUGCAGCAGAUCCUGUUGCUGUUAUGAAUAACACAUACUCAAUAAUAUUUACGCCUCUAUAAUGUCAUGCUGAAAUAUCACAUUUGCUUCUGUUAAGAUAUUAUAUACAAACGAAAACCUAUGAGCAGAGUCCGUAGAUCUUAAAAGCCAGAAUAUUUUAUUAUCUUCAUUAUGAUCCGCGUCGUCAACAUCUUUUCGGUUUACGUGAUGUCUAUACACCUGCAUAUAUUAUUGAAGAUUAUAAUACAACGACAUUUGAUGUUAUACAAGAAUAUACACAACAAAAUGUAACACAACAUGGAUGGGCUUGUGAUGGGUGUUCAGUAUUCGAUCCAGAUGAGAAUUGGGUUGUGGAAGUUCGAGUAGUAUCUGAUGGUCGUGAGUACCAUGCAUGUUAUCUGAAAAUGGAUUUAAAUCUUGUUGGAAAGAAAAAAGAUAUUGUUACCAAAUUUCAGAAAUUACCAAAACUUAGUGAGCCUUAUACGAUGACUUAUGAUAUGGAAGACAAAACUUAUACUUUUAACAUUGAAACGUAG